UGCGUGACUGCUUCAAUGGCAUAAAAGUGCGGGGCACAAGACAUUACGGUAGUAAUCGGCGGUAUUUUACCCAGAGCGUUUCACCUACACACAUACUCUAACCCCAAAAGUAAUUUGAUUGUGCUUUCCAAACCGCAAAAAAGCAAUUCGGACGGCCUUCUUUAAUUGCAUCCUUGUCAAGUAGCAUUGUUUCGUCUUUGAGCGGUUCAAAUUGAGACAUUUUUGACGUUUUGUGAACGUUUCUAACAAAAAAGAAAUUGAACAACACUCAUUCCGCUAGAAAAACUGUCUUUUCUUAUCUUUAACCAAAACACACACACACACACUAAAAAUAGCAAUGGCUUCUGUUUCCGUUAGUCCCAAUGAAGUUGGCGAGAAGAAGAAAUCGAGCUUCAUGAUCGAUUUCUUGAUGGGUGGUGUCUCUGCAGCUGUUUCUAAGACUGCUGCUGCUCCCAUCGAGCGUGUUAAGCUUCUUAUUCAAAACCAAGAUGAAAUGAUUCGUGCCGGCCGUCUGUCUCAUCGCUAUGCUGGCAUUGCUGAUUGUUUCAAACGUACAAUGGCCGAUGAGGGCGUUGUUUCUCUCUGGAGAGGAAACACGGCGAAUGUUCUCCGUUAUUUCCCAACCCAAGCUCUUAACUUUGCGUUCAAGGACAAGUUCAAGAGAAUGUUUGGUUACAAAAAGGAGCAAGAUGGCUACGCCAAGUGGUUGAUGGGCAACUUGGCUUCUGGUGCUGCCGCUGGUGCUGCUUCCCUGCUGUUUGUGUACAGUUUGGAUUACGCCCGUACUCGUCUUGCCAAUGAUGCCAAGUCUGCAGUUAAGGGAGGCGGUGAGCGUCAAUUCCGUGGUCUGGCCGACGUGUACCGUAAGACUUUGGCCUCCGAUGGUCUUCGUGGCUUGUACCGUGGUUUUGGUCCUUCUGUACUGGGUAUCAUUGUGUACCGUGGUCUUUACUUUGGUAUGUAUGAUUCCCUCAAGCCUGUUGUUCUUGUCGGUCCUUUGGAGGGCAACUUGGCUGCUUCGUUCUUGCUUGGUUGGCUUGUUACUAUCGGUUCUGGUAUCGCUUCAUACCCUCUCGACACUGUUCGUCGUCGUAUGAUGAUGACUUCUGGCGAGGCUGUCAAGUAUUCUUCUUCUGCUGCUUGCUUCAAGUCUAUCAUUCAAAAGGAGGGUGCUCGCUCGUUGUUCAAGGGUGCUGGUGCCAACAUUCUCCGUAGUGUCGCCGGUGCUGGUGUCCUGUCCAUCUAUGACCGUGUCCAGCUCGUCUUGUUCGGAAAGAAGUACUAGAUGACGACCGCGACUACGUUCUGAACAACGAUAGCGACUAGCAACAUUUGGAUCACAGUUCUUGUUGAAUUGAAUGCGUGGCUAUGCGGGCUUUUUCAACCUAGUGCUCUUCUACGUGUGGUUCGCUGUUGUUCGUUUGCCCUCUGCUUUAUGUUUUAUGGCUGUAGUGACAGUCCGUACCCUAUGUUCGUUUUCUCGUUAGUGUGACUAUCUAGCGGAAUAUGCGAUGUAACUCUAUGAUGCUAUGCACCAUGUCCCUCUUAUUCUAGUUUCGUCUUGUCCCUUUCCUCCCUGCAACCACAUUUUAUUCCUAGUUUCAUGUCAGCCCGUUGCAAAAAAUGAGAAGUGCUAUUCUUCAGCAGCAUAUUCCGUGCAAACCGAGCAAUUGCUAAGGAGUAGAAUUGUAGUGUCUUAGAGUUAGUCGUCAGCGAAUACGGCGACAGUGCGUUCUCUGUCUGCCGAAUCUCUUCCCUAAACGCAUCCGCUGCCUAGUGUCUCCUCCGCUCGUUUUUCUGUCACUGUCAUUCUGUCGUUGCACCACCUUGGGGUGCUUAACAUCAAUUUUAGUGAGGUACAGGGUAGUGUUCUUAUUUAAAACCUAAUCUAAUGCUUAUUUACUUAAUCUUAUCAGAUAUUUGC